UUUCGGUCUGGUUACCUUGUCAGUCCUUCGACGACAUCCUUCGACCACGGGAGAGAUUUAUUUCUCUGUCUCUGUCUUCAUCACCGGUAGGUACGACCUUCCUUCCUUCGUCCGAUCGAGCCGUUGAUGACCAACAUCGAAUCGCUCUUUCCUUCCACACUGUUCCGCUUCCCUGAUACACACUCCGGCGACUCACCAGGCAUCGCCUGUGUGUAUACACCUCACUCACUUCCCUUCGACCCUAUACUCCUGUAUCCCAUAUUAUUCUUGUUAGCCUCAGCCUUGGUCCUCCGUGUGCAUUGCCUCGUCUCCGUUGUUCCAGCUUGGACCUCGAAGUCGACCCCCACGCGUGGUUGUUGAGAUUGUCAUUCGGUGGUGGACUUGGCCUCAUGAAACCCGUCUUCACGGGCCAAUUGAGGAGCACACAUUGCUUGAAUCGGUUGUCACGGCUGGGACUGGCUCAAACUCAUUAUCUUUCGAUCAGACCUCGGGUUUUUCGUGCAUUAUCCAUUUUGUAAUGCUGUCCGGUCCACUUCGAUCAUAAUCCUCCUGUCGACGUGUAAAGUGGA